AUGACCAAGACUGUUGAUGAAGCUAAGGUUCUUAUUGAGAAUCUUGCAGCUAGUGAUUGUAACAACUGUCCUGAUUAUGACCGCUCAAGCCGCACCACUACUAGCUCCCCUGAUUCUUUUCAAAUGACUGAACUCAAGAACAUGAUGGCUCAAGUUCUUAAGGGACAGCUCAAGCAUAUCAAUGCAAUAGAAGGGAUGAGUGAUGCUAAUGAAGAUUCAUCAAGAGAAUGCAUGGGAGAUUUCUCUAAUGAAGCCAAUGAAGAAGAUGUGAACUACAUUGGAAACUAUGGGAACAAGGGAUACAAUCCAAGCUAUCGCCCAAACCCCAACAUGUCUUAUAGAAACCCCAAUGUGGAGAAUCCUCAAGACCAAGUGUAUCCUCCAAGGUAUCCACAACAACAAAGACCUCCUUACCAAUCUCAAGGAAGUCAAUUUCAGCCAAGGCAAGGAUAUGAGCAGAGAUCAUCAUAUCCGCCCAAGGAGCCAUAUGCUUCUUCACCAAAUCAAGCUCCUCCAAACCAACAAGGUGGGAGAUUUGAAGGAAUCCUCCAACAGAUCAUGGAUGGCCAGAAGAGAAACACUAAAGAGAUGUAUGAGAAGAUGGACACUUUGUUCAGCAAUCUCAACACCAAGUAUGAUGCUGUUGCCACUCAUGUGAAGAAACUAGAGACUCAAGUCACUCAAACUAUGGAAGCUGUUAAGAGACAGGAAGCUGAAUCCAAGAAGUCCUUUUGCAACUCAGCCGCCAUAGAAGAAAGAUUUGAAGACCAAGUUCCAGAAUGGAUGCUUUCAAAACCUACUGUUGAUUGCAUGAUUUGGCCUGAAGAGAAUUACCCAGAGAGAGAGUCCAAUCGAGCUAGAAAGAGAAGACUCUUCCCAAAGAUUAUCCCCAAGACAGAUAACUCAGGAAAGUUUGUUGUGCCUUGUAUCAUCAAAGGUAACAUUCUUGAGCAAUCUUUGUGUGACACAGGAGCCAAUGUGAACAUCAUGUCUAAGAGGAUAGCUGACAAGAUAGGCCUCACCAAGAUAGAGCCAUCAUCCAUCUCCAUCAACUAUGCUGAUUCAUUCUCACAAACACCCUAUGGCUUUGUGCCUAAUGUGAUGGUGCAGAUUGGAAAUUGCUCUAUCCCUACUGAUUUCCAGAUUGUGGAAAUGAGAGAGAGUAGCCAUAGACCUCUCAUAUUUGGAACCCCUUUCCUGUCUACUGUGGGUGCCAUAUUUGAUUUCCCCAAUCAAAGAAUCUCUUUCAACAAGGUGAACAAGGGUAUGUUCUUCCCUAUGUGUUCAACAAAGAACUCUUUUGUUGACAUGGUCCAAGAGGAGAAAGCUACUUUGAAGCCACCCCAAGAAGGAGAAACUGAAGAAACAAUCAAGGAAGAUCCCAUUCCUAAGCCCAAGCAGCUUGCCAAACAAGCAAGGAGUAAGACUAAGGCCCCUACACCAAAACCGCCCAAGGGAUCAACCAAGAUUGAAGAUGAGGCCAAGCCAAGAAGGAAGGCAGUAGUGCCAAGGGACAUUCAUGGAGAGAUUGUCUAUCCAGCUGUGAAUCACCCACCAGAUACUCAUUGCAAGGAGAAAAGACUUGGAGGAUCAAAUGCCUCUUGUCUCCAUCUUCUCCUGAGCGCCAAGCCUUACAGUCAAGCUAAAGACUUAAAACAAGCGCUGCAUGGGAGGCAACCCAUGAGGAUAGAAGGAGAAAAAGGUGUGAAAACACAAUCCGCGCCAAAACAUUGGCCGCGGACGCGCAAAAGAAUUUUGGCCGAGCAAUUCUCAUCUGGCCGACCGUUACGGUCGAGCCGGGAAGGAAUAGCUCGUGCUCGGCCGGAUUCACUCAUUGCGCGACAGAAACGUUCGCGCGACAGCACGAACCGACGCGAACCGGACGAACGCGAUCGCGCUCGGAUUUUGUAUCGGAACGGACCGACCGUGCCGGUCGAUCCGGGAAACAAAUCGGCCUCGGCCGAAAUCUCUCGGCCAAAACAAAUUUGGCCGACCAAAUCGCUCGACCGCGACAAAAUCCAUCGGCCAUCGGCCCAAAACUUUUCUAGGCCAAGGUACACAAUGGCAAAGACAAAAGGAAAUGAGAGUAUGAAGAAGAAGAAGAACCCAUUCAUGGAACCACCAAAGAAGCAAAUCAAGCUAGGGAGUAGUAGCUCCAAUGCAAGAGCAGAAUACCAACUUCACCACAUUCCAUUGAUGCAAUCAAGAACAUGUGGAGAGUCCAAGAAGAGAGAAGAUGAUUGGGCACUUGUAACCUUUGUUGGAGAACAAAAUCAAGACCCAAGAAAGUGUAAGAAGGCAAUGGAGAAGGUGAACAUCGAGCCAUGUGUGAAGAUGGACACCCAAACCCUUGAUCUUCUCAAGAUAAGAGAUGAUGUCACAUGGUACAUAAGGAAGCUAGGCUUGAGCAAGCUCUUCAAGCUAGAAUGUAGUGAGUACUCACAACUCACCAAGGAGUUCCUCUCUACAGUAGCUCUUGCCUUUCCCAACCACAAUGGAGACCAACCAGCUGGUGAUGGACUCCUACUCUUCAAGAUAGGCGAUGCCAAUGGGCGCAUCUCCAUCUCAGCUCUAUGCCAACUCUUUGGACUUCCCAAUGAGACAGCACAUGACUUCAAGGAGAACUCAAAGAGGAAACAAGCUGCCUUUGCUGAUUGGACACACUUUGCCAAUGAACCAUUCUUGCCUUCAAGGUCAAAGGUGUCUAGAAUCACUCAUCCAGCCAUUCGCUAUGUGCACCGCCUCAUCUCCACCACUUUCCAAUGCAAACAAGAAGCCAACAAGGUCACAACUGAUGAGUUCUACAUCCUCACCACACCAUUCAUCAAGCAUGAGUACAAGGCCAACCUUGGACUUUUACUUGCCAAGACAUUCAUCAAUGUGAGGAAGCUAGCUAAAGACUUGGAAGGCAACAAGAAGCUUUGUGUUCGUUUUGGGAGGCUUAUCACGGCCAUAGUACUGCAUGUGGGGAUUGACAUUCCCAACUAUGAGCCACUACCCAAGCCAACCCCUUUGGAUCUCCAUGCUCUUCAGCACAUCCACUUCCUAAACCGUUGGACUAAAGACCCAACUCGGUUUUGCUAUGAGUUUCCAAUUGGUCCAGCCAACACUUCCCUUGUCUUGCUGCCACAUGAGACAUCCCAAGCCUACGCUCAGGAGUUGUCACUUUCCAGCCCAAUGAGGAAGAUUCUAUGUUCCAUCAAGUGA